AGCCAUCGCGGUUCCAAGUGCGAUGGGCAACAACGCAAUGCCUGGCUGAGGUCAUGGGCUUCGCGGGCUUCACCCCGCGGAAGGGCAGCACCCUGCCAGUUACGCGGCCCUUCUCGGAGUACGGGGCAGAAAACGGCUACCUCGUGCUUCGAGUUGGGCAGCACGUCUCGGUGGAUCACGUCGGCCAAGAGGGCGACGAGUUGGGCUGGCUCUUCGGCUGCGAGCUGGGCACCAAGACACGCGGCUGGUUCCCCAUCGCUGCUGUGGAGCCCCCACCAUUUCCGCAGCCGCGUGCUGCUUGCGGUCAGGUCCGAGCUAGCACACCCCCUCCGCCUCCGGACGAGGGCGGGCCUGACUGCAAAGCCGCAGCAGCCCCAACGCGGCAGGCACCAGCACGGCCCCAGGUCCGAGCUAGCACACCCCCUCCGCCUCCGGACGAGGGCGGGCCUGACUGCAAAGCCGCAGCAGCCCCAACGCGGCAGGCACCAGCACGGCCCCAGGUCCGAGCUAGCACACCCCCUCCGCCUCCGGACGAGGGCGGGCCUGACUGCAAAGCCGCAGCAGCCCCAACGCGGCAGGCACCAGCACGGCCCCAGGACCUCGGAGCCAUAGUGGACAUUUGCGAUCCCGGGCUGGAGAUUUCAGGCAUCCUGGUGGGCACGCCCGGGGUCGUUAUGAGCAGGAAUGCGGACGGCACACUGGCGGUCCGCAUAGCAACGGGCCAGAUUGUUGAUGUACAUCACAGCGCACUGCGGCUGCGCCUUCAGGGAGAGGAUGGCGACCAACCAGUGAGCCCCAGCCGAUGGCUUUCGCCCCCUGCACCCAAGGGCCAGGCCUUGACCUCGGUGCCGCCGCCGGGCUUGGACCGCGCCCCCAAGCCGGAAGACCUCGAAGCGGUGGAGCAAGGCCUCAAUGUGGGCAGCAACCUGCCCAUGCACGAGAAAUGUGGAGACCUCCAGCGGCUGAUCGCAGAGAACCGCGUGGUGGUGAUCGACGCGGCCACAGGCUCCGGGAAGUCCACCUUAGUGCCGCUCUGCCUGGCGCACCAAUGCCUCCAGGCGGGCCGGGACUGCCGGGUGGUGGUCACGCAGCCGCGGCGCAUUGCGGCCAAGGGCCUGGCUGCGCGGGUCUCGCAGCAGGUCGGCCGGCCGGUGGGGGAGUUGGUGGGAUACCGCGUGGGCAGCGACAAGCAAGACAAAGGAGCGCUGGUGGUCUACGUGACCGUGGGCCAUUUCUUGGAGGCUUUGGUGCACAACCCGGGCUACCUGGAGACCUUCAGCCACGUGGUGCUGGACGAGGUACAUGAGCGCUUCGUUGAGGCUGACUUCUUGAUGGCGCUGCUGCGGCUUUCGCUGUCAAGGCCAGGGACGCUGCGGCAGCGCGUGGUGGUGAUGUCUGCCACGCUGCAGAAGGCCCUCGGCAAGUUCUUCAGGCCUGUGUUGCUGCCAUCUCCCGGCAAAGCCGAGCUUGCCAGCAUCACCCUGCCGGGCAGCACACCGUUCGAAGUGACGGACUUCUUUUGGGAGGCAGAGGACCUCCCCCCGCACGUCAUGUGCAGCUUGAACUUCUCGGAGGCGCUGCCGUGCCAUCUGAAGCAGAAGACCCCACGGGCUCAGUCGGAUCUGCUCUCGACUCUCUGCAAGAAGUUGGCACCCGCAGCCGCGAACCUGAUCUGCUGGCUCUAUGACCGUCAGGUCCAGGUGGUCUUGGUCUUCCUGCCGGGCCUGGAUCAGAUGGUGGAGCUGGAAAAAAAGCUCAAGGACAGGGUUCUCCAGCGCAGGAAGCUCAACCCGGACAUGCCUGAGCCGGACGUCAUCCUCAUGCACUCUUCCCUGGAAGAGGAGACAUACAGACGGGCCUUGGAUCCGGUCACCCCGGACCAGUGGAAGGUUGUGCUGGCCACCAACAUUGCGGAAUCCUCCUUGACAGUGCCUGGGGUUGGGGCCGUCCUGGACUCGGCUCUGCACCGCGUCAGUGUCUACGACGACGAGGCAAAGAUGUCCUGUUUGAUGACGACCUGGUGCUGCCAUGCCUCACUGAAGCAACGGCGCGGCCGCACUGGGCGGACCAACCCCGGCUCCUACUACUGCAUGGUGCCCAAGAGGCUCUAUGCUGAGCUUGCGGCCUAUGACCAAAGCGGCGUGGAGCGGUCGCCCCUGACCAGGGUGGCACUGGAGGCAGCGCACCUGGCGGAAAUUCUCAGCGCCCCGCCGCUGAUUCGCGCGGAGCUGCCAGUGGUGCUCAAGGGCGUGGAGGGCCAGCACAUGGUGGACUACUUCGACGGCGACGCGGGGCUCUGGAGGACUCGGCCCUCGGGCCGUGGGCCACCUGCGUGGACGGCGGAGGAGGACCUCUCCUUGGCGGAUUUGCACAUGGUGGACGUGCUGAACCUACUGCCGUCGCCGCCGAGAAUAGAGCGAGUCAGCACUGCCAUGAUAGACCUUCAGGAGCUGGGGGCUCUAACAGAAUGGGAGCGGCCUACAGCCUUGGGCAUAGCCUGCUUGAAGUUGCCGACGGAGGUGUCCCUGGCCCGGCUGGUGAUUUUGGGCUACGGCCUCCGCUGCAGCGCUGCCGCCGCCGUGCUGGCGGCGGCCUUGUCGCUGACGCCCAGCUGCGACGUCUUCCGUACGCCCUUCAGCACCCGAGAAUGGUUGGAGCCCAGCGACGUCACGCUCCUGCGGGAUACCAUCUCUGCUCGGCGCCAAGCAGAUGGCCAGUGGCGGUCUGAACCACUGACCAUUUACAACAUGUGCAAGGAGUGGUUGAAAAAGGGUGGGGGCUUGGGGAAGGUCCAGAGGACAAUGUCAUGCCAUUGGUCUAUACAUGAACGGCUCUGGACGCAGUUCACAAACAAAGUGGUGGACCUGUGGCGAGCCAUGCUGCGCCUGCUGCCACAAAAUUCCGCCCAGCGGCGACAUUUGGAAGAUCUUCUGGAGUUGGCACGGGGGAAGUUCUGGAACCAACAAGACAAAAUCGAUUCGGCCAUGGAGCACAUGAAGGUGAGGCCGCAGAAGUUGCUGGCGCUGCUCACCUGGGGACUAGCGCCAGGUGGCUUCCUAGCAGUGGGGCAGAGCCCCAGGCUCUACGGCAAGGGCAGCUAUGAAGAUUACUGGCGUGCCGUGCAGACUGGGCAGCUGGACCCACGCGCUACAUUGAGCUGGCCGCAGGAUCCGGCUGAAGUGAAGCAAGCGGAGCUUUUUCUCCAGAAGCUGGGCGUGAAGCCGCUGCAGAUCCUGGCGGUCCCAAAUGGGAGCUGCGUGACCUGCACGUCCGAGCGUGACGAGCUGCAAGAUGCGGAAGGGCUGGUGCUGGAUGCCGAGCUGCUCUAUCGCCUGUGUUGCCCCUUCAAUGGCAAGGCGAGCAUCGACAACCUGAAGAUCAAGCAGCCGAACCAUCCCUGCGCAUUGAACUGGUACAUGCCCUUUCGCAGUGGAAGAGGCCUCAAAGAAGUCUGCCUGAACUGGAAGGCCCAGGCCGCUUCCCUGAUGCAGAUCCAGGGCUGCCCGCCCAGCACCCGCAGCCGUCCCAAGCGCUUUGCCGUGGCCUGUGGGGGGGACUACCGCCAUGAUCACCACACCGAGCGCCGAGUGACGAUGCUGCGGGGGGUGUCGGUGCUGCCGGACGAGCAGGGCGGGCGCACGGCCCUGCUGUGGCUCCUGGCCGGGGGCGUGCCCCGGGAGGCGGCGAUGACGGCGCUGGUUGCGCCCACCGAGUCCCUGGAGCCCCACGAAUUUGAAGUUCGAGGUCUGUGGAUGUGGGAGAGGACCUUUCGGCUUCCUGACCACGCUGUGAUCAGCUCUGCUGAUUUGCGGGCGGUGAACGACUUCCGGCAGACCUAUUGCGAGCUGACGCAGUCCCGGCCACAUCGGCUGGCGGGCCUGUGGUGGGACCGGAAGCGCCACCUCUUCCAGAUCGAGUGCCUUGAUGAUCCGUCGGGCGGCUUAAGUGAGCUCCUGUCCAUCCAAGACAGUCGAGACGCAGGCAACCCCACGCGUCUGCGCCAGCAGGGCCGUUCCUCUCUUUGGGUUCCUCUCGAGGGGGAGGGAGUCUGCGAAGAGACGCCCGAGGGCUUGCUCUGGAGAGGGGAGCUCCUGUCCCGAGAGCCCACGGUGCCCGCCGCGGUGGAGCAGCUUCGUCUUUCUGCCGUCCAGGACUGGUCCCGGGCAGCAGAUAUGCUGAUGCAGGUGGCCGAGGCGCCGCCGCUGCGGCGCGGCCCAUGGCCGGGCCGCAUUGUGCCCCUAGUGGCCGAGACAGCGAUGUCACCCAUCGACCUGGAUGCGGUCGAGACUUUGAUGGCCAACUUCCGGGAUCAGCUGCGGAAGAUGCCGGAGCAGAGCGGCUUCACCUCGCAGGACGAGGAUUCGGAUUCAGAUGAGGAUGAGGAGAAUGAUGGCUACCGGGAUAGAGAGCUGGAAAAGAUCAACCAGGACUGGAUGUGGCGACUGGCGGAAAUGGAGAACUUCUCAGCCUUGGAUGUUCACAACCUGGUGUUGCGCGAGAACUCUUUAGCGUUGCCCACGGCGGCCGUGUGCGUGGGGUGCGGCGAGGAGGGCAAGCCCUUCUCCAAGCGGCAGCUGGGGCAACCCGCUCACCUGCGGAUGUGUCAGGAGUGCGUCCUGACCCUCGUCGCGAUGCAGCAGGGGAAGGUCUACAAGCCUCCUGAGAAGACCAUCAUCCGAAGUUCCGCAGCGCCAGCUCGUCCGCCGGCUUUGAUCCCGGUGGCAAAGGUUUGCUGCGUUUGCAAUCAGCAGAUCGACAAGGAGAACAGCACCAUCACGCAGCUGGCAAAGCCAUGUGGCAAGCGGAAGUGCAAGGCUUGUCUGGCCAAGACUGCCACUGCCGAGGGCUCUGCAUCGUGAGGUGAAUCUUGCACUUGCGCUGGAGCCAUCGCCACGAUCAGCUGGCUCUUGCUUCCUCUCGGAGACAUGUAAAGUGCAGUUCAACCUGAGAGGUCACCGGAAAUCAAGCUGUGAGGCCAUCA